CACUCAAGAUGGCGACGACAGCUAGUAAGAAGAAACAAAAGAAGCAGAAGGGGAAGACCCUGGCGCUGACCGACUUCCUGGCUGAUGACAAGGGAGGGUCGGGACCCGGAACCAGCUAUGUGCUGGCCAGCAAGCCCCUGGACUGGGCGUCCGAGAUGGAAAACAUGGACAAUACUGAUGAUGUGCCAGAAAUCGAGUAUGGUACGAGAUCCCACUUUGACCGCUCUGUCCUCCCAACUGCCCCCAAGGCUGCCCGGGGACCUGAUGUGGACAUGGAGAAGAUUCCAAACAGCCCACCAUACACAGCAUUCAUAGGAAACCUCGCCUAUGAAGCUAGUGAGGAUAGGAUUCAUGAAUUCUUUAAGAACCAAAAGGUGGCGAACGUGAGGCUGCCCACUGAUCAGGGACGUCUACGAGGAUUUGGUUAUGUCGAAUUUGAAGAUCGUGAAUCUCUUAUUGACGCCCUUACAUUAAACGACUCAGUAUUCGCAGGGAGAAAAAUCCGUGUUGACUUGGCAGGACAGAACCAACAAGGAAAUGAACGUGGAGGAAUGGGAGGCAGUGGCUCUGACUAUCGCAGAUCAGCUGACGAGCCUGACCGCACUGACUCCAAUUGGAGAAGAAGAGAGCCAGGCAGUGCCCCUGAACGCCCAGCUUUUGACCGCGGAGGUGAUCGUGAUGGUGGUCGUGGAUUUAGUGGCCGUGACGGGGGAAGAUUCGGUGAUCGAUAUGGAGAUAGGGACGGUGGUCGAUCUUUCGACAGAGAUGGUGGUCGUUCAUUCGGCGACAGAGAUGGUGGUCGUUCUUUUGGCGGUGACAGAGAUGGUGGUCGUUCUUUUGGCGGUGACAGAGAUGGUGGUCGUUCUUUUGGCGGCGACAGAGAUGGUGGUCGUUCUUUUGGCGGGGACAGAGAUGGUGGUCGUUCUUUUGGCGGGGACAGAGAUGGUGGUCGUUCUUUUGGCGGCGACAGAGAUGGUGGUCGUUCUUUUGGCGGCGACAGGGACGGUGGCGGCGGUGGACGCUUCGGGGACAGGGAUGGUGGUGGACGGUUCAGUGACCGAUACGGAGAUAGGGAUGGGGAUAGGUACGGAGGCAGGAGCCGUGGCUUCUCAGAUCGGGAUGGUGGUAGACGGGGAUUUGGUAGCGGGUUCCAAUCCAGGGAAGACGGUGGAGGCGGAGGCGGAGGAUUCAGCGAUAGAUACGGAUCAAGAGGGGGGGACAGACCCAGCAGUAGAGACACUAGUCAAGAGGCCCCCAAGGAGAGGCCCAGACUCCAGCUUCAGCCAAGGUCAAAGCCCUCAGAUGGUACUGGCGCUGAAGAAAGAAAAUCCUCAAUUUUUGGCUCGGCAAAACCAGUUGACACAUCUGCUCGUGAACGCGAGAUUGAGGAUCGCCUUCAACGUGAACGUCAGAUGAUAUCACACAGAUACGAUGACGAGAAAGAAAACAGGAAUUACGAUAAUCGACCUACAGGAAGUCGGACUCGGCGAGACAGUGACCGUUCUGACGGAGGUAGUAAACGUGAAAGACGUCUUAGUAGCAGCUCUGGGAAAGGAGUCCGACCAGGGCCCCCACCAGUUACAAGCCAGCGGUCUCGCCGCGAUAGCGAGCUGUCCAAUCAUUCUGACGUCUUCAACGACGACAAGGAGGAACCCAAGCCAGCAACGUCGCCGAAGAAGGAGGAUUCCUCCAAACUGGUAGAUGCACCUCCGCCGAAGGAGAACGCCUGGUCCAGGAGGCCCCCAUCAUCCCAGUCGUCAGAACCCAGGUCACCUACUUCAUCAGAUCCGGGAACAUCUCCAACCUCAAACCAGUGGGGUAAAGGUCGCCCUGAACAGCGACAAGAUAACGCCUCUCGUGACAGUGCCUGGGGUAAAAGGCAGGACAGGGACUCGGACAACAGAGGGCCGGGUUAUUCGGACAGGGGGCGUGGCCGAGGUCGAGGAAUGGGCCGAGGUGGUGAAAGGGGGCGUGGCUCCGAUAAAAAAGGAGUCCGAGAAAAGCACAUCCCAAAGUCAAUAGAAGAGAUGCCAAAAUUUGAAUCAACUAAAAAAAAGGACUGGUCAGAUACUAACAAAUAUUCAUUUCUUAUGGACGAAGAAGACAAGGACUCGCAAUGACAUAAUUGAUGACAUAAUGACCUUCAGAAAGAACAUAGGACGUCUGUCAGCUUGACUGCGCUGGAAUCCAAUCACAAAAACUACCUGCUUCAACUCAUCUUGCAAAUGUCUACUGGUGUGAAAAUAGUAUUUUUAAAUAUAACUGUUGCAAAAGUUGUAAAGACAUUAACAGUACUUGCUUCAUUGACUUUGGAAAAGUGCGAAAUCAGUUAUUACCAUAACGUAAGAGUAGAACAUGUCUGUGUUAAAUGUGAACAGAGGUAAGAGAGUGUAUUUUGUGUGGGAAAAUUUAGAAAAAUAUGUGAAUACUGGUAGUUUAAAUGAAUUGAAAUAUUUUCCGAAAUUUAUUAUUUUUUAAUGAAAUAACUAGAAAAGUAGAACAAAAUGUGUAAAGUACUUAAUGUGGCAACAGGAGCAAACUGACUGUGAGAUUAAGUGAUUUGGUGGAGCAUUGUUCACAUAGAGAUGCUGCCCUGUAUUCUGGUAGACCAUGCAAAGAUGGAAUAUUGGACAUAUUCAGGAAUUCAAGUUCCAUCUGUAACCAUGGUAACAGUUACUGUUAUUUCCUUUUCUUUAGUAUUAGUAGUAAAUUUGUUUUAAUAUAUUGUUAAAUUUCAAAUUUCUGAAAAUCUUAGAUUGCAUGAUUCACACUUAAUUCCACGUUCAUUGUGUAUGUAUCUGUGUAGGACAGUGGUCCACAAUAAGUGUUGCCUUUGAUCAUUAGUGUUACUACCUUGUCAUUGACUAUAUUUUGAGAAGAACUGUUAAAGCUUUUCGUCACCAGGGUGCUGCCCUCGGUGUCUUCUAUUCUUCAUUCAUAGCUAUUUUUCUGGUGUAUUUGAAUUCAACAUGCUGAUGUCUCAUGGAACCAUUACCUAACGGUGGUCACGGAGGUUUUUGUUUGCACCUUCAGGAUAUAUCAUCCUGUUUAUCAUAAUCAUAUUGUUAUGGGAAGUUUUGUCCAUAUUUGUGUAAAAUUGUCCAUGUUUGUAAUUACCAGGUUUCACUUUGUUGGCAUUUGUACAAUAGCUUUGUGACAGACCUUGUUCAUUACUUCUUCUUGUAGGGAGGUUACAACUUCAGCUCUCUGAUAUUGUACGUCAUUAACCUGCGAUCCGAUGCAGUGUGGCUGCACAGCAUUUAAUCAACUAUUUACUAUGGAUGUUAUAUCUCAGGUAGGAGAUAUGGAGAUUCUAUGAACCACAAUGUCAACCAAUAGCUAGACUAUGUUAGUUCAGCUGGUGGAAAAGCUGGAUGUAUUCCCUGUGACACUCAAAGACUCUCCUGCUGUUUGAUGGGUUGAAUUCACAUACUCCUGCAUCCUAUACUCUGUACAUGCUAUAUCAGAGAUAGCACCCUUCUUUCUCGUCAUGUACAUGCUAUAUCAGAGAUAGCACCCUUCUUUCUCGUCAUGUACAUGCUAUAUCAGAGAUAGCACCCUUCUCGUCAUGUACAUGCUAUACAAGAGACAGCACCCUUCUCGUCAUGUACAUGCUAAAUCAGAGAUACCAUCCUUCUCGUCAUGUACAUGCUAUACAAGAGACAGCACCCUUCUCGUCAUGUACAUGCUAUAUCAGAGAUACCACCCGUCUCGUCAUGUACAUGCUAUACAAGAGACAGCACCCUUCUCGUCAUGUACAUGCUAUAUCAGAGAUAGCAUCCUUCUCGUCAUGUACAUGCUAUACAAGAGAUGCCACCCUUCUCGUCAUGUACAUGCUAUACAAGAGAUAGCACCCUUCUCGUCAUGUACAUGCUAUACAAGAGACAGCACCCUUCUCGUCAUGUACAUGCUAUAUCAGAGAUAGCACCCUUCUCGUUAUGUACAUGCUAUACAAGAGAUACAAACCCUUCUCGUCAUGUACAUGCUAUACAAGAGACAGCACCCUUCUCGUCAUGUACAUGCUAUACAAGAGAUACCACCCUUCUCGUCAUGUACAUGCUAUAUCAGAGAUAGCACCCUUCUCGUCAUGUACAUGUAAUACAAGACAUAACACCCUUCUCGUCAUGUACAUGCUAUAUCAGAGAUGCCACCCUUCUCGUCAUGUACAUGCUAUACAAGACAUAGCACCCUUCUCGUCAUGUACAUGCUAUAUCAGAGAUGCCACCCUUCUCGUCAUGUACAUGCUAUACAAGAGACAGCACCCUUCUCGUCAUGUACAUGCUAUACAAGACAUAGCACCCUUCUCGUCAUGUACAUGCUAUACGAGAGAUAGCAUGCUAUGUACAUGCUAUACAAGCGAUAUCACUCUUGUGUACAUGCUAUAUAAAAGAUAGCACCCUUCUCAUCAUGUACAUGCUAUAUAAGAGAUAGCAUGCGAUAUACAUACUAUACAAGUGAUAUCACCCUAUGUACAUGCCAUAUAAAUGAUAGCACCCUGUGUACAUGCUAUACAAGAGAUAGCACCCUAUGUGCAUGCUCUGUACAUAGCACCCUACUUGUCAUGUACAUGCUAUACAAACGAUAACACCCUGUGUACAUGCUUUACAAGCCAUAUCUACCAAUGUACAUGCUAUAUAAAAGAUAACACCCUACUCAUCAUGUACAUGCUAUACAAGAGAUAGCACCCUACUUGUCAUGUGCAUGCUAUACAAGAGAUAGCACCCUACUUGUCAUGUACAUGCUAUUCAAGGGAAAGCACCCUACUUGUCAUGUACACGCUAUACAAGAGAUAGCACCCUGUGUACAUGCUAUACAAGAGAUAGUACCCUACAUGUCAGGUACAUGCUAUACAAGCGAAAGCAUCCUACAUGCUAUCUCAUCCUACGUGUUGUACAAGUCUGGUCAUGAUUGUGGAUGGUUACUGUGAAAAUAUCUGAUGUAGAUAGUGUUGUGUUUAUCUGUUGCACCUCAAUAUGUUCUUUAUUCAGGAAAGGUAAUUUGUUAGUGUGGGUUACUGUUAAGGCUUUCUCCGCAAACCUCCAACGACCAUGAUUUCUAACAGAUACACUCUCAUUUCUCUUGGCAUCCGCUAAAAAUAUUUAUCGGUUAAUUUUAUCCUGCUUGCAGACAAAAUGAGAAAUUCUGGCAGAUUUCAACUUUGAAGUUAGGUCUGUAUCACUAUUUUGUAGCCGUUGCCUGUUUUAUUAUUUUUGCGAGGGCAUUUCUUUUCUUUGAUGGUAAAAAUAUUCUUUUUUUUCUAUUUUUUUAAAUUCAACAUUUCAGACCUAGAGCUUUGACUCCUUGUUUCCCCUUGCCUGUGUAUUUAAUCAUAAUUGUAUAUAUCAUGUUUCAUAUAAAGACAAGCCAAUAAGUUCUUCUGUACCUAGUACAGUGAUUUACCACUGACUGACAUUGGUAUUUCUCUAAACAUUUAUUUUUUCAUUUUUGUAUAAAAAAAAGUGUCCAUUGCAACAAAAAAAAUCUUAUUUGUUUUUUGGUUUGGUUUUGCUGUCACAAUCAAAACAUGUAUGUACAACUAACAUCAGGUUACCUACAGUUGGUACUCCCUUGGUCUUAGUACUCUUUACCUGUAGACCAUGUAACAGAGUCACACUCACUGCCCCUCGCUUGCUUACGUUGUAUGAUGUUUGAAAAACUCUGCCAGGAGAAUGUUCAUAUGUCUACCUUUGUGUACAAGUAUGCAACUGUUUUUUCUGCUGUAGACCGAAUACCUGACUUUCAGGCACAGGGUCUCUUACUGGUUUGGGAUACCGAAACAAGCUUUCUGCUGUAGAUCGAAUACCUGACUUUCAGGCACAGGGUCUCUUACUGGUUUGGGAUACCGAAACAAGCUUUCUGCUGUAGAUCGAAUACCUGACUUUCAGACACAGGGUCUCUUACUGGUUUGGCAUACAGAUACAAGCUUUCUGCUGUAGAUUGAAUACCUGACUUUCAGGCACAGGGUCUCUUACUGGUUUGGGAUACCGAAACAAGCUUUCUGUUGUAGACUGAAUACCUGACUCUCAGGCCCAGGGUCUCUUACUGGUUUGGGAUACCGAAACAAGCUUUCUGUUGUAGACUGAAUACCUGACUUUCAGGCACAGGGUCUCUUACUGGUUUGGGAUACCGAAACAAGCUUUCUGUUGUAGACUGAAUACCUGACUCUCAGGCACAGGGUCUCUUACUGGUUGGGAUACGGAUACAAGCUUUCUGCUGUAGAUGGAAUACCUGACUUUCAGACACAGGGUCUCUUACAUGUUUGGCAUACGGAUACAAGCUUUCUGGUGUCUGUUGCACAGCUGAGACAUGGUUUAAACCUUUUUCACCCAUUCAAUUGUUAUCGUCUGUUUGCAGUUAUAGUAAGUUAGUGCAUGUCUAUGCUUAGCAAUACCCAUGUUGUCAGUGUUUCUAGCUGGAAUAUUGCUGAGUGCGGCGUUAAACAACAAACAAACAUUGUUUCACACACAUGCAGAGAUGUUGAUCGGUGGAUCCAAGUUUUCAGAAAUAUACUACAAAAGACAAGUUAGAGAACAUCCACAAUUGGAAGACUGUGUGGUGUAUACCCACCAGUCAUAACAGAUUAACUAUAGUCAUAUAAAAAAAAAAUCGGGUGUUCUUUAACUUCUUAUGAGUAGUAGAAAUUCGUCUUCAAAAUAUGAAAUAUGGCAGUCAAAAGUUAGAUAGAUAUGCUGGCCAUCUAUUGUUUCCAAAGAUUUUACGGUUUGGGCGUAGGGGUAGCCUAGUGGGAAGAGUGUUCACUUCACUACAGCAGACCCGGGUUUGAUUCCCAACAUGGGUACAAUGUGUGAAGCCCAUUUGUGGUGUCCUUCCGUGUUAUUUUGGGUAUAAUGCCCAGAUAAAACCAUUUUCACUCCUAUUAUUGAAUAGUUCAAUGGCCCAGGGCUGUUCCUUGAAGCGAUCUUAGUGUUGGGGUGAUCGUGACUCCCAUACUUUAUCAGAGGCUUACGAUAGUUGUAGUGCCGAGAUUGUUUUGUGGAACGGGCCCCUGGUGUUUAAACUGCCAUCUCUUUAUGUAAUUUUAAACCAUGAUUACGCAUGGUAUGUUUUGAUGCCAUUAUCUAUCAGAUUGGUUGAUGUCUUGGUCAUGUACGAAUCUGAGGUUACAUCCACGGUGUCCCAGUUGGGAUAUUGCUAUGUGAAUGCUAUUCCCUGUCCCUUUGCACUUUUGGAUGCAGAUCUUGUAUACCGGUCACUGCUGUUCCAUGCUUGUUAAUUCCGUGUUUUGUUGUUAAGGGUGAAAGGUUUUCUUUUCUGUUGUCUUUACCUGGUGCCAAUUGUUUGUGGUUUCUGCCAUUUGUGCAUGUACCUGUAAAUUCUCUGACAGGGGCAUGCUAGCGUCUUGUAGAUAAACAUAACAGGCUUGUACAGAUUGGGAGAAGAAUUCAUCCAUUUUAAUAAAAUAAGUAUACAAGUU